GCACUAAUGCUGUUUUUGCAAAUUCCAUUACUAGUAGUUCUCCUCGGAGGUGGUGACAGUGAAGAUGCCUUCCAGGACCAAAUCUUCAGAAUCAUCAGUACUUUUUCCUUACACAACCACUCCUGGACCCAAACUUGGAUCUCUGCCUGGUUGGGUGAGUUGCAGAUUAAGAGCUGGAAGAGAAACUCUAGUGAUUUUAUUUCCCUGCGGCCUUGGUCCAAUGGCAACUUCAGCAAGAAGGAGAUGACAGAAGUAAAAGACUUAAUCGAAAGGACCAACCAUGAAUUUCUGCAUUUACUUCACAUCCAUGCCAGUGAAUGGAUGCUUGAGUACCCCUUUGACAUACAAGGAACAGUAGGCUGUGAGCUGCACUCUGGAGAAAUCAAGAUAGACUUCUGGCGAGUUGCUUAUCAAGGAUCAGAGAUCCUGAGCUUCCAGAACAGUUCAUGGGUGCCAUAUCUAAAGGGUGGAACUAGAGCUCAGAAGAUGUGCAAAGUACUCAACCGGUACAUUGUCUUCAACAAAGUGAUUAAGUGGAGGUUCAGUAACACCUGUUCACGCUUCCUUUUGGGUCUCCUUGAUGCAGGGAAGGCAGAUUUCCAGAGAAAAGUAAAACCAGAGGCCUGGCUGUCCACUGGCCCCAGUCCUGGUCCUCACCAUCUGUUGCUGGUUUGUCAUGUCUCUGGCUUCUACCCAAAGCCAAUUUCUGUUAUGUGGAUGCGAGGUGAACAGGCACAACAGGCCUCUCAACAAAGUGAUAUCUUGCCCAAUGCUGAUGGGACAUGGUAUCUUCAGAGUUACCUGGAUGUGGAAGCCACCAAGACAUCUGGCCUGUCUUGCCGGGUGACACACAGCAGUCUAGAAGGCCAGGACAUCAUCCUCUACUUGGACCGUCCGACCUCCGAGGGCUUGAUCAUCCUGGCAGUGAUGGUCCCCCUGGUGCUUCUUCUGACAGGUCUUGCAUUUUGGCUUAAAAAGGGCUGGACACACUGCGAACCUCCUCCCACUCUUCUUUCUUUGGAAUGAGAUUCCAGCAUCCCAGGGACUCAAAACAUACUAAAAACUCGGCAUGGUGAUCAUGUCCUUUCAACUCCCUUUGUACAGUUUUUGUUGUUUACCUAUGUUUAUUUAAUGGUCUGUUAUUACUGUAAACUAGUCGUAAUUUUGCAGGAUUUGUUUUCUGACUUGGUUCUGACAUUUUAAAACUCAUAUGUUAACUCUGGAUAAAAUGAGAUCCUAGUAACCUCUACAUAUUGGAAAAUUAAUGAAUCUCAAGCCCAUUUAAGAUGUUACUUCUUUAGGGGGUGUUCCCUGAUUCACAAGUGGAAGCAGUGUUUGAACUCUCACCACACCUUGCAGCACCCUUUGCCGAGUUUAUACUUUUUAUCCUUUGUUGUGGCUA